UACAAACGCAGUUAUGGAUCCGUCUGUGCGGAGCUCAAGGGUCGAACCAUCCACAUCACUUUCCUAUGAAACAAAUGAGACAGACGACAGUAAAGUAUUGGAGCAACCGACAUUAUUAUCACUACCUACAGAAGUUGUUGAGAUGAUUUUAUCGAAUUGUUCUUACGCAGAAAUUAGUGAAAAACGUCUGGUAUGCAAAUUUUUUAAUCAAGUGUGUCAGAGUGUAUUAAACCAAGGUCUGCAUCAAGUGAUGCGUUAUCACAACCAGUGUUCACGCAAACUAAAAGCACUAUUACCACGGCGUGAAUCGGAGCGACGUAACCAUGCACUCGCACGGCAUUGUGAUAUCCUGUCCGCAAUUGAGACACGAAUGUCAUUGUUAUCGAUGACAUACUCCAAAUAUAUUGAUCUUCGUCUAUGUUGUUUCAUUCCAGGAAAGGUUAUUGAUGAGGUUUACUAUGUCUUGCGGUACUUACAAUCGACCGAGUCGCCACCAAGGGCACAUGAGCUACUUCAAGAACUCCGAGACAUCUCGUCGAUGGCCAUGGAACACUUUGACGAGAAAAUUGUACCUGGUCUGAAGAAGUCCCUCCUCCCACGAGAAACCCCUUCACAGUCUUACAGUAGCGCAGGAGUGAGGAUGGCAGGCGAUUUAACUGAUCCAUCCGAUAUAUGUCAGGAUCGCUACCAACAGGCUUUCCAUAAACUUCAAGCAAAGCAACGGUACACACUCACCAGCAUCGUUACUCUUAAGAAGGAUCUUCAAAGUUGUAAAUCGCAGCUGGCGGAGGAACGCCGGAAGGUGGAAGAGCAGGGGCGCACAGUAGCCCAGCAGGGACUGCUCAUUGCCGAGCUGUCGACCGCAAACGGUGUUUUGGAGCGGAAGUUACUAGAGCAACAGAGUAAACAAGUGCAAUAUGAUCAAAUGUUUGAGGAUCUUUCGGCCAAAGUGGCCAUGUUGGAUGAACGAACUGGUGACGAUAAGGAAGGCCCCAGUCGAAAGAGAGCUCACAGAGAUGUGCCGGCAACAAGUGCAAAAUCAGACUUGUUUGCAAAGAAAGCUCGAAAGAAAUAAUGAAGAAAAUUUAGAGGGUAAAGAUUAUGUUAACGUAAUAAUAGCAACAAAUUCUGGGCAUGCUUAGAUCAGACAUGCUGUCAUGACACUUUUGUUUGCUGUUGCCAUGUUACCUUUGAUAUGGGCUUAUAUGGAGAAAUCAGUGACUUGGACAAGGAGCUCAGUGAGAUUUUUUUAGUUGCAGCACGGAAAAAUUAUUUUCAUGGGCAUCAUUAUCUUUGAAUUGUUUCCGUCUGUCCAUUUAUUUAAUUGCAACAUUUUUGUUGCUAGUGUAGUGUAUAUACUGUAAAAAUGCUAUCUUUAUUAUUGUUACAAUGGUAACCAUUACAAUGCUUUUAUUGUAUCAUAUUAUCUUUUUUUUUAAUUAUUACUGUAUUCUUAUUUUAUUAUUGUUUUUGUUGUCAUUGUUAUUAUUCUUCAAAUUAUUUUUACCAUAGUAUUUUUAAUAUUAUUAUUAUCUUGAAAUUAAUAUUUUGUAAAGAAUAUUAACUUCAGGUAUACUUUAUUUUGGAUGGAGAUUGGCUCUUAAAAAGAGCCUCUUUAAUUGUAGGCAGGUUGUUGUAAGGAGAAGUAAAUCAUUCUUACUAUUAUUUUUUUCAUAAAAUUUAUUAUUUAAAAUGAUCAAACCCGGCAGAAAGAUCUAAAAUUCAGUACUUAAUUGUGAAUGCGGUAUUCAUUUGAUACAGUAUACAAACGUACAAAACCCAGUACGCUCAGUGGAUAUUUCUUGAGUCUGUGUGUUGCUUAUAUCCAAUCAUAUGAGAGGGAAAUCAGGAUGUUUUUUUUUGCCACAGGGAUGAUUAAUUUUGCCACAGUGGUUUCUGUGUGAUAUACACUCUCUAGUAGCCUGGAUAACAAUUUAUGGUUUGGGAGGAGGGGGAAAAGACCAGCAGGGCCAUGGAAAAGAUUUUUUAUUUAAAUGAACCUGUGUGGGGUUCUAGGAGGAAAAUCUUUCAAUUUUUUUGUUGGUCUGAGACGUUCUGCAAUCUACGCUUAUGGAAUUUUUGUUCUUUGGCUUGAUCUGUCUGAUAAAAUGCAUAAUCCUCUCCCCCCUCCCCUCCCCCUUCCUUGCCGGUGAAUUUUUGUUCUGUGGCUUGACCUGUCUGAUAAAGUGCAUAAUCCUCUACCCCACCUCCCCUCCCACUUCCUUGCUGGUGGUGCCACUGCAAUGGGGCAAGGCUUAUGAGCUUUCAGUUGAAUGUUGCAGAUAUGUGUGCUGUAUAUAAAUCCUAUAUUGAAGUAAAUAGAAUUUAUACUAUAGUAAUAAUUAUAGUCUUAACAAAUAUUACUAAAUAUGCUUCAGAAUGUAUAAUAUAAUAAUAAAAUGGGGAAAAUCACCAUAAGUUAUUAUAUUUAUAUAACUAAUGUUAUUAUAUUUAUAUGCGGGAACACCAAAGGUUUUUGAUAAUUGAUUGAAUUUGUAAAGCCUAGACAACAAAAUUAUGAUAGUUAUUUAAACUUUUUCCCACACUUUUGGUAACUUUUUAAGUCGCAUCAUGUACAUAAAUAUUAUUAUUAAUAAUGUCUUUUUUAAAAAGAAAAAAAAUUAUUUACUUAGGCGUACAGUACAAGCAUAAUCAGUUGCCGUUACAAAUAAUGUGAAUAUUAUUUCAUAGGAGUAUAAAUUUUGUUUUUCCUUAUUUAAUAAUCUCCUAAUUAUCAUAUGUUAUUCAUUUUGCCUCUUUUUCCAGUUAUUGUACUUCAUAAAGAUUUCAUGUAAAUAUCAUGUGGCCAAGAGAAGCCAAACCAGACGGUCGUCGCAAAUCCCGUUUCAGAAAUAAUGGCCAAACAUGCUGGGAUGUCAACAUUUUUAAAAUCUAUUUUACUACACUAAACUAACCUUUAUAUAUCUAUAUAGUUUAUCAUGCUAUGCUGUUAUUUUCUUCAUUUUCAAUGUUAAAACAACAAUUUGUAACAAUUUG